CAGUCGUUGCUCAAAACUGCAGUGGUAGAAAUCUCGACACGAGUGUUUUGAUCCUUAGGACUAGCAACUUAUUUUUACAGAAUGGAGACAUUUAUUAAUUUACUUCUGUCUCUAUGCACACUGCUUCUGUCUGCAAACUUUAUCCCUGUUGUGAAUACAUACAGGAGCCCGUGGAAACCUUCUGAUUACAGUAUGGCUGGGUUAAGGAGGGCCAGAGCUGUAAACAGGCCGACACCCAUCAACUGUCAACUGGAGACCUGGUCAUCUUGGACAUCCUGUAACUCCUGCACAGACCAAAAGGGCCGUUUCCGGCGCAUAGAGAAGCCCUCCCAGUUUGGUGGCACACAGUGCGUUGCGUCACUGUGGGAAAAGCUGGCAUGUCCGUCAGUAACAACGCAGUGUGUGGUGACAGACUACUGUGGAGAGGGAUUUACCUGCCAAGGAACAGGGCGCUGCAUCAGCCAGUCCCUUCGCUGUAAUGGAGAAUCAGACUGCGAGGAUGCUUCUGACGAAGAGGUCUGUGAAGACGUCAACCAGAGGGACGACAAGUGUUCGACCUUACUGCCGAUCCCCGGUGCUGAGCGCGGCACUCAGGGCUACAACGUCUUGACUGGAGACUUUGUGGAUCGAGUGCUUGACCCAAAUUACUUUGGAGGAAAGUGUGAAUAUGUCUAUAAUGGUGAAUGGAGGAAAUUCAUUUAUGACGCUUUCUGUGAGAACCUGCACUACAAUGAAGAUGAAAAGAACUACAGGAAACCUCACAACUACCAUACCUACCAGUUUGUGGCUCAAGCUACGUCUGAGGGCUCGCAUGAAUACUUUGAAGAUGCUGUGAGCCUGCUGAAAGCCAGGAAAGACAUGCAUUCUUCCAACGGCGGCGUCACUUUAGGGAUCGCUUAUGUGGAAGUGGGACUGAGUGGAAGUAGUGAAUCGGAGUUCCUCAACAACGUAACGCAAUAUCAAAGCCAGGAUCUAGGGUUUAUUAGGCUUUGGUCCAAAGUGCAAACAGCCCACUUCAAAAUGAGAAGUAAUGAGUUGAUGCUUCAUGAAGAUUUCUACGUUUCACUAAUGGAGCUGCCUGAGCAGUAUGAUUUUGGGACGUACUCCCACUUCUUCAACACAUUUGGCACCCACUACGUCACAGACGGAACAAUGGGAGGAACUCUUGAAUAUGUCGUGGUUCUCAACAAAACGGAAAUGGCAAAAUCAAAUAUUGAUGCUAAACAAGCUGGUGGUUGCAUCGGUGCCUCUAUUGGUUUGAGCCCUCCCCUUUCCAGCGAUGUAACAGCAGGACUCAAAUUGAGUGGGGAACAUUGCUUAAAGACAGGAAGUUUUCAAAAAGCCGCUGACUCUGAUUCAGCCGAGGUUGUGGACAUUGUCCAUCUAGUGAAAGGGGGAGUCACACACAGCAGCGCUGGCCUGUUGGCUAUCAGGAACCCCGACACCUACAGGAACUGGGGGGCGUCCCUCAAAUACAACCCAACACUCAUCGAAUAUGAGACCAUGCCAAUUUAUGAGCUCGUGCGCCUCAGCACAGCCGCUGGCCAUGUAGGUGCGAGACUGGCCAACAUGGAGAGGGCCUGGGAUGAGUAUCAGUGGCAGUUUGACGCCUGUCGCUGCGCCCCCUGCAGGCACAACGGCAUCCCUGUCCUCACCGGGACGUCCUGCCAAUGCAUCUGUAAGCCAGGCUACCAGGGAGAGGCCUGUGAAGAGACUCUCAGGAGAGACACGCAGACAGAUGGGUCGUGGUCAUGCUGGGGGGCCUGGUCCUCCUGCUCAUCAAGGAGGAAGACUCGGACAAGAACCUGUGCUAACCCUGCUCCUGAUGGUGGUGGAACGACCUGCGUCGGCUCCUCCUCUCAGACUCAACGCUGUUAAAGUCACGCUGGUUUCAAUGUGAAGCUGUUGAGGGCUAAGUGGACAUAAAACAGUUGUUUUCUAAUGAAUAAAAAUGCUCCACUAUCCUGUGCUUGUUUUGUUUGUUUAUCUGUCUGAGGAGUAAAACUGAAGAUCAUUUAUGUGAAUUUAAAAUUUGAGUAACAGGCUGAAUCCAGGUCAGUGCUUGAGGCAGCUCUAUAGUUAGGAGUGUUAGUUGGUUUAAGUCAAACUAUUAAUCUAAAGACAGAAAAAAAACAAAGUCACCCCACCUCAAACUUCUAUUUUCAACAAGGGGUUUUUAAUCAUCAUUCAGAUACUAAAAGCAUUCAGUUGUCUCAUGCGUCAGUCCUCUGCAUGCCAGGUC